AUGGAUUGGAGUAUGAUAGGGGCCCGUAGCUAUGGAUUGGAGUAUGAUAGGGGCUGCACAAACAGGAACAUUAAUGUCUUGUAUGAGCUAAUUCAGAAAGAUCCAUAUGUUUUGGAGCGUAUUGAUCAUGUUUUUUUUCUUGACACUCCAUUGCAUGUAGCAGCCAGUGCUGGGCAUUUUGAUGAAGGCCUUGUUCGUGUUAAAGGAAGGGGAGGCUUGACCCCUCUGCAUCAUGUGGCUCAAACAGGAGAUGUUGAUCUUUUGAUCAAGUUCCUUGAGGUUUGCCCCGAGGCUGUUGAAGAUGUGACUGUUCGAGACGAGACGGGAUCCAUCGCUCUAGAUAUCCAACCAGACUGUCCAUUGGAUGAAAGGCAAGUGGAUAAUUAUAAGGGCUCGGUUAAAGAUUUGAUAACAAAAGCAGGAGGUUUGAGUGGUUCCGAGCUUCCUAAUAAGUCCAUCUCUUCAAUCCACAUCAAAUUAUGGCCGAAGUUGUCAUGUUUUCAAAAAUUUGCAACAAUGGCAGGUCGAGGAAGAAAGGGUAUCCCGCUUGAGAUGCGUAAUACAUUUCUAGUAAUGAUAGUGCUAAUUAUAACAGCCACUUAUGCUGUCUCUUUAAGCCCUCUAGAGAAAGCUGAUAACAGUUCAUCCAUGAAAUACCAUAUCAAGUAUUACGUAUCUUUAAAAUCAGCCGACAGCACUACACCCCAACCAGGUCCUCCUCUACUACCGGCCGAUUAUCAGAUUAAUUUUUCAGAUAUAAUAGAUGUAUCAUCCAUGUUUUGGUUAUACAACACAUUAAACUUUUGGGCAGCAAUCGGGUUAACAACAUAUCUCCUAUUGUCAAGAUCAUACGAGUAA